AUGGCGGCGAAGAUGUCACACGACGAGCUUCUAAAACCGACACUGCAUGUCGAAGCGUUACUCAAAGCCUCGCCACCUGCACCGCACAUCAACCAGGAGAUCUGCGCAGCACUGGCGGAGAGGCUCAAGGAAGACUACGAGACUGUCACGAUUGGCCAGCGGCUGAACGGCUUCGAUGGCAUGAAACACUGUGCUCUACUCUUGGAGGUCGAAAUCGCCGACUACACCGGUCCCGAACACAAGACAGGCUAUUUUGACCUGCAGAAUAAUCAGCUCGACGUCCAGGCUUACUCCCUCACCUCCGAUGACACCCCUGACACUCGCCGCACCAUCGACCAGACUUCCGCAGACGAAGUGCCCAAAACCCGUAUCCUCACUCUUCCGCACUCGUUCCUCAACGAAGCCUGGACGUCCCUAGUCUUCGACGACAACCUCCCGGCCCGUCUCCUCCGCUACCUCGUGCGCAUGCUCAGCAUGAUGUCUCAGCCCGGCCUGAACCUCAGUACCUUCAACUGGAACCGGCUCUGUCUACUCCACGGCCCUCCAGGAAGCGGGAAGAGCACGCUCUGCCGCGCAUUAUCGCAGAAGUUGAGUAUCAGGCUCGGAAACGUCCUCCCGAAUGCCAUCUUGGUAGAGAUCAAUGCCAACGCCAUGCUGAGCAAGUACUUCGGAGAAAGCGGCAAGCUCAUUGGUGGCACGUUCGAGCGCAUCCACAGCAUGGCGCAGUCCCGCUCUACGCUGGUCUGUGUCGUAAUAGAUGAGGUCGAAACUAUCGCCAGCUUGCGCAGCAAAUCAACCAGCGGAAGCGAGUGCAACGACGGACUGCGUGCUACGAACCAGUUGCUCACUUCACUUGAUCGUUUACGCAACUUACCGAACAUCAUAGUCAUCUGCACCAGCAACCUCAUCGACGCCAUCGACUCUGCAUUCUUGGACCGUGUGGAUAUCAAGCAGUUGAUACCAGCCCCAAGUCCAGCGGCCAUCUACAACAUCUUUCGCUCCUGCAUCAGCGAGCUCGUGCGUAGCAGCUUGGUCGACUCUUCCAAGCCGGCGACACCGCCACCGCCCCCCUCCACUCCACCCAACCGUACCACCCGCGCCACCAAUAACAACAAAAGCAAGAAGCGCAAGCUCGCACCCGCCCGCACCGACCCUGAACCAGCCAGCUCUUCUUCCGUCGACUCUUCCUGGUCCGUGGUCUCCCAACCUGAGAUCAUCCCCACUUUCUCCGAGAUGAAAGUCAAGUACGAAAGCCAGCCCGCCUCUCCAGCCUGCAGGAUCUGGCUGCUGGCCCAACGCUGCCACGGUUUGAGCGGCAGGACGUUGCGGCGACUGCCGAUCCUGGGUCUGGCGAUGUAUACGUGGGGUGGGUUGGUGGAUCUAGAAGAAGCGGUCGCGGCGCUGGAGGCUGCUGUUGAGCAAGAACUGAUGGUCGUGAAGGGAGGGACAUGA